AAGGAAUGAGAGAGUGGGAGUGUUCCUGGGGAUCUAUCAUCGACUGCAGAAGAAAAGAAAGAGGUAUGAUAGAAUAGAUUUCUCCACUUAUCUUCUCUGAUUAAGGACUUACUGCACUUUUUACAAAGACGCUUAUUCACCACACAGAGCAGCUAACAACCAUGGAGACAGCCCUUUCCACCCCCCAUAAUAUCCAGAUAUGUGAGGUGACCUGCGAUUCCUUCCGCAUCGCCUGGGACAUGACCCCUGAGGAUACUGCCAGGGCUUCACACUUCUUCAUAGACCUGAGCCGCAAGGAGGGCGGGGAUCUCAACCGCUUUAAACACAGGGAUGUGCCCACCAAACUGGUGGCCAAGGCAGUGCCUUUACCCAUGGCAGUGAGAGGUCAUUGGUUCCUGAGCCCGCGGACAGAGUACUGUGUUGCUGUGCAGACUGCAGUGAGACAGGCAGACGGAGAGUACCUAGUGUCUGAAUGGAGCCAGGUGGUCGAGUUCUGCACAGGGGAUUAUGCCAUGGACCACCUCAAACAGCUCCUUGGUAAAGCACAGGUUUCUGCUGGAAGAUUGCUGCGGUUCUCUGUGUUCUAUCGCAACCAGCACCCUGACUACUUCCACUAUGUCAGAACUGAGUGUGGGGGGCUGAUGCGCCCAGCCCUGAAAGACAAUAGUGGAAGUCACGGCUCACCUAUCAACAGCAAACUGCAGGGAGUCUUCCUCAGCUGCAACACUGAGUUUGACACAGGUCUUCCUCCAAACGACUCCCCCUACGGCCCCCUGCGUUUCCAGAUCCCGGCCGGGAACCUACUGAAUCCCAACACCAAUCUUUACUUUGCUGACUUCUACUGUAUGUACACAGCCUAUCACUAUGUGGUGUUGGUGCUGGCCCCUGCUGGCUCAGAGGGGGAUAACUUCUGCCGUAGUAGUCUCCCCCUGCUGGACCUGACUGCCAACCCCUUCCUGACAUACAUCCCCCCCCAGAGGCAGGGGGAAGACCCCCUGUUCUGCCAUGCCAGUGAUGUCAUCCUGGAGGUGCUCUACACAGAGCCGCUGUCUCUGGAGCAGGGCAGUGUGCUGGAGAUCAGUGGCCACCACCAGAUGAGCCAGACCACGGCCAACGCCAAGAAGGACCCCAGCUGCAAGGUGUGCAACAUCAGUGUGGGCCGCUGAGAGAACUGACUGGACUAACAGGGUUUAGAGAACAGUGAGGAUGUGUAUCGGCAUUGCUGCAACCAAAAAAAUGUAAAGUAGAGAAAUGGGCUGAGCGAUUUAAUCCAUCUAGUAGUGUAAGUUACAGUAACACAACUGGGACAGCCCAUUUCUUGGGGUAUGUGCAUGCUGCUUCCCACAUCCCUCCCUGUCGCUACUAGUAUUCAAAAUCUCCAUGUAUCAUCAAUCAUCACAUGUAAAUGUGUCUUUAGGACAAGUGGACUAAAAGGGCCAUCUGUAUGAGCUCCUCCACUGCAGGAGGAAGCCGAGAUGUACACGUUGUAUAACACUGUAUUUGUCAAAUAAUAUUACGUAAGAUAUACAUUUCUGUCUUCUCCUUACAGUACCUGUUGUUCUUAGAUGAUUCCAAGAUUUCUUAUACUUCAAAACACACUGUCAAUUUUAAUUUAUAUUUGAAAACUUUCAAACAUGAUGUU